AUGAAGGCUCCAGAGAGGGACAAGCAGACAGAGGACGAAAGCCCUUCGACACCUUCUUUGUCACCCCCACCAGCUGCUGAGAAGAACUCCUACCUGUACUCCACGGAGAUCACACUGUGGACGGUGGUGGCCGCCAUCCAGGCCUUGGAGAAGAAGGUGGACUCCUGCCUGGCCCGCCUGCUUUCGCUAGAAGGGCGGACGGGGACGGCCGAGAAGAAGCUGGCGGACUGCGAGAAGACGGCCAUGGAGUUCGGGAACCAGCUGGAGGGCAAGUGGGCCGUGCUGGGGACCCUGCUGCAGGAGUACGGGCUGCUGCAGAGGCGGCUGGAGAACAUGGAGAACCUGCUGAGGAACCGAAAUUUCUGGAUCCUGCGCCUGCCCCCGGGCAGCAAGGGGGAGGUCCCCAAGGUGCCCGUGACCUUUGAUGACGUGGCCGUGUAUUUCUCUGAGCCGGAGUGGGGCAAGCUGGAUAAUUGGCAGAAGGAGCUCUACAAGCACGUGAUGCAGGGCAACUACGAGACGCUGGUGUCCCUGGAUUAUGCCAUCUCCAAACCAGACAUCCUGACCCGGAUGGAGAGGGGAGAGGAGCCUUGUCCUGAAGGCCCGUGGGGCCAGGAGGAGGGAAGUAAGAGGGAGGCGGCACGCCCAAGGAGGCCAAGCCCUGGCCUGGCGUGAACUGGCUUCCCUUUGUGGAAACGGCCCUCUUGGAGGAGCGGCCCCGACUUCGUCCCCAGAGCUGGUGUGGUAAGGGACAGUGGUUCCGGAGUUGACAGCACAUCAGAGUCAUCUGGGAGGCUUUUUUUUUUUUUUUUAAAUAAAAUUUAAGAAAAUAAACGGAAGUAGGGAGAAGAGUCCAGCAAACCUCCAAGUGACCGUCGCACACGUGGAGCAGUGAUCAGGAGUCGCCACGUUGGCUUCCUCUGUCUCUUCCUUUUCUCUGAACGUAACCGAAAUACCAGUGUCACACCCAGCAGAUUAAUACCUCAUCCCGAGUCCAUGUUCUCUUUUCCCCGCUGAUUAUCUCAAAACUGUUUUCUGUAGGUGUUGGGUCCCCUAAUGCUGGGACACCGACGUCCACCUGUUGCAUUCGAUUUAUAAAAAGUCUGUUAAAGGGCGCCUGGGUGGCUCAGUUGGUUAA